AUGUCAGGUGCUUGGCAACACGCAGUUUUUGGAUGCUUUGAUAACAUUGGGGUCUGCAUCGUCGCUUACUUCGUUCCCUGCUACACAUUUGGUAAGAAUGCUGAAGCAGUUGGAGAGUCAUGUUUUGGAUGUGGCUUUGCUUACUGCAUUCCUAUAGUCAACAUUGUUGCUGCAGUCAAGAUUCGUGGCAAAAUCCGCGAGCAGAAGGCAAUAGCUGGAUCUACUUUUGGUGACCUAGCUUUAAUCUGCUGCUGCCCUUUAUGUGCUUUGGUCCAAGAAGCUCAGGAGGUACAAGUUCCUGGAGCUCAAGCUAUGGCUAGGCAGUGA